CUCGAAUACUGACGUUUUACCGUGUAAUUUAGGAAAAUUUUCCGCAAAUUAAGUAUUUUGCAUCCUCCGCCGUUUGAAUGUUUACUGAAAACAGCUGUACGUUAAAAUACUGUGAUUAGACGAUCGUAUUCUUUCAAACAAAUUUAAUCGAUCACCGAAGAAUUUUACUUCCACAAACAGCAGAGCCCGUGAAAUGUCGGCCGUCAAAUUGCUAGAAGACAGAAUCGCCAAUUUGGAGAAGCAAGUGUACGGGCUUGGCAAAAUGAUGAGCGUCGACGACCCAGCACCGCCAAACGCCGUUGUCGACCGACUCGCCGAUGUCAACUCGUUAAUCAGCUCGGCAUUGUCAGGCAGGGAAAAACCGAACGCGGUUAUCAAGCGUUUGCCGGAGUUAAAUGGCUACUUGGAGCCCACUUCCGAAGAGAUUGAUAUGCCCGCGAGUGCUAAAGCGCAGUUGUUGUUGACAAUGGAACCAGAGAUCCUGGAGAAUUACAAGUUGUUAACCAAAGUGCAGGAACUCGCGCCUGUGUUGGAGUCAGAACGUAUCAAAGACUCGCCCGAGUUGAACAACACAUUCAACAAGAUAUCGCUGUCGUAUCUCGAAGCUUACAAGGAUUCCAAAGAGCUGAGCGCUCACGUACACGAGCUGCUAUCUAAGUAUAACGCGGUUAUAAAUAGUAUAUCGGAAUCGUUAAUUAUUUUAGAUAAUGCGGUUACAGCCGCAGAAGUAGCAGCUAAGCCGAAAAAGCAAGCAGAUGAUUAACGAAAUAAUUAUUCGGUCCAUUUAAAUAUAUCAGUUAAUUUAUAUCGUGUUUUAAUACAAGUUAAUAUUUUUCAAUUUCUGCUUCAAUUUUGUAUAGUGCAAAUUCACUUUUAAUCGCGUAUCUUUUAACUUAUUUAUUAUAGAAAAUUGUUUUAGAAGCGAGUUGGUCAGGAUAAGGGAAAGAAAAUAUCAGGCCUGUGUAAAAUACAUUUAUUUACCAGUUUUACUUGAAAUAUAAAAAUACGCAUUCAUCAGUGACUACGUAUAUGUGUAAACAUACUUUACUGUUUAAUCUCUAUAACAAUGCAUUUUAUUAAAAAAUAGUCAUAUAUUAUAUACAUUUAUCCUAUCUAUUAUCUAGUUCUAUCCACGGUUCAUUUCAGAAAUCCUUAUUUAGGAUCUCUGAGACAAACUGUUGAUUCAUAUUUAAUGGGACAUGCAUAUGUAUCGGUCUCUCAUAUUAAAUAAUUACCUUGUAAUUGGUGUACAUAAAGUGAACUAGAAAUAUCUAAAAUAUCACAAAAAUAUUAUUUUUAAUUCGAUUCGGGCGACAGCAAAUUUCGUGUAAAUAUAGUAAUAAGUAGGAAUUUUGAAUAUGUAGGAAUGUAAAAAAUUCAUCUUUAAGAGACCCGUUACACUAAUAAAUUCUUAAUACCACAUUAUUCAUAAUAAA